ACUCAACAGCCAAGCUGCUGAUCUGAAACCAAACCGCCUCUACACUCCAGUUAGGAUGUUGCGUCCCAGCCUCUUCCAGCCCUCCCCGGUUGCCAUGACCCCCUUCCUGGACCUUCACUGGCCGGUCCGCAGUCUGUGGCCCGAGACCCGGCCGCUGUUCUUCCAGCUGGAGCAGGAGAUGAUCCGGCACAUGCAGGAGAUGAGGCAGAACAUGGAGUACAUGGAGCGGCUGCAUCAGAAGAUCUUCGAGGAGAUAGACCAGUCCUCCUCCUUGUCAGCGGGGUGUUUUAAGCCAAUCACCUUCCAGGAGUUGGGGAAGGACGUAGGCAGCUUUGCCCUCAGUUUGGACACGCAGGACUUCUCUCCUCAGGAGCUGUCGGUCAAACAGGUGGGCAGGAAGCUGAGGGUGAGCGGCCGCACCGAGAAGAAGACAGAGGACGACAAAGGCUCGUACUCGUACCGCUGUCAGGAGUUCAGGCAGGAGUUCGACCUGCCCGACGGCGUCGACCCAGAGACCGUCACCUGCUCGUUGGUAGGGGGGCGUCUACAGAUCCAGGCACCGAGGGAAAAACUGGCCCUAGAUGGAAAGGAGAGGGUCGUCCCCAUCAAUGUGACCUCGGCCCCCGCCAUCACUUCAUCCAGCGAGGCGGCAGAGGGAAGCUCCUCCUCCUCAGAGAGCGGUGCAGCUAAAAACUGAAGGACAGAGGGGACAAGCUCGCACUCGCACUUUAACUCUUUAUAUUCUGCUUAUCAG